AUGCAAGCAACUGCUAUCUUGGUUACUGCUGCUAGUUUGGUAAAAUUGGUGACAUCUUCACCAUUGACAUCAAUUCCUACUACUUAUAAUAAUACACCAACACCAACAACUACUAUUAGUGCUCAUGCUGGUUGUGAAGUAUAUUUCACUUCUGAAGGUUAUACCACUAUUAUUCCAUUUGAUGAUUGUCCAUUGACUUCGGUCAGUGCUCCUCCUGGUUUCCCACCAAGACCAGAUGACGCAUGUACUACAUACAAGGGACAAAGAUAUUGUGCUCAAGGUAAUUGUGAUGCUAAUUUUGUUUCUUAUUAUCACACUUUCUUUUGGACAACUGCUUGUAGCACAGGCGGUUGUUCAUUUAUAACUGAGGGACCUAGUAUUGGUUUUGAUUGUGCAACAACAAAAACUUUAGAUGAUGGAUGCCUCGAAAUCCAAAGCAAAGAAUGGGAUAUGAUACAUAUUACCACUACUUGUCCAAACAAUACCACACCAACUGAAACUUGUGGUGUAACAUCAUUUGAAGAAAAAGAGACUCCUUAUACAUUUACCACCUGUGACCCAACUGUAACUUUACCUAGUCAUUGUGUUAGGCAUGAGACAAUUGUUGGAACUAGAACACUUGAUAUUAUAAGAUGUUCCAUUACCGACCCUCCUCCCCCAACAGAUCCUCCAAUUAUUUGUCAAUUAGAGACUUCAGUUUCCAAUGGUAUGACUUUAACUGGUAUGUCAUGUAAUUAUAUUCCUGAUGAUUGUUCUACAAGCACUUCAGUGAAUGUUCAUAAUAGAACUGUGACUUAUUUUGUUUGUCCAACAACUACCAUUGAACCACUUCCACCUGGCGUUAGUACCACAACAAUUUGUCCUCACUCUAAAUGUUAUAAUCCUCCAGGUGGUGAUAAUGGAAGUGGACAUGGAGGUGGACAUGGAGGUGGACAUGGAGGUGAAAAUGGUGGCGGAAAUGGAGGAGGCGGUGGUAAUGGUGGUGAUAAUGGAGGCAAUAAUGGUGGUGGUGGUGAUCACGGUGGUGGUAAUAAUGGAGGUGGCAACAAUGGCGGUGACAACUGUCCUCCACAACCGACAAUCACUGUCACUGUUACACAAGAAACUGUAACCAAAACCAUUACUGAAUAUAAAACCAAAACUGUCGAAACCCCUUCAAAACCCAAUAAACCUCCUCACGGACAUCAGGAUCAUACAGUUACUGAAACUUGCUAUAUUUAUGAAUCCGUCAUCACUUAUCCGUAUACUACAAUCACAAGCAGUUAUACUAUUACAGUGAAACCUACGAAUGUGGAAACAAGUACACCUACUGAUUUAAAUGAAACACCCGAAACUUCAGAGCCAACUGAAUCAACUGAGCCAAAUGACUCGACAGAACUUACAGCAUCUACCAAAUCAACUAAACCCACUGAGUCUAAUGAAUCUGCUGAACCUACGGAACCAACUGAAUCUAGCAAGUCUACUGAGCCAACUGAACCGUCUGAGACGCCUGAUCCAACGGACUCUGCAAAUCCAACUGUCCCACCGGAACCAUCAGUCUCUAUUGUUCCUACUGAUCCAACAUAUACAAUAGUACCUGUUAAUUCUACAAUAUCAAGCCUUUGA